AUGAGUUCUUCAAAUGAGGAUGCGUCAGAUUCCACCCCGAAGCCCUCGCCGAGGGAUAUCCUGCUUGGGAUGAGCACAGUCCCUCGCCUGCACAACACGCUCGAGUUGCCACCGCCGCCCAUCACCUCUGCGGUGACGCGCUCCUGGUCGGAUGUCGACCAACUGAAGCUGAUGAUGACGUUCGGUGUCACCUCCUUCUCUUAUAGCUUCCUCGGGCAGCCGAUAUUCCUUGUCAUUGCUCGGCAGCAGUGCUGUACGACUCGGGUGUCGGCGGCCAAGGUGCUGCGGGAGGUGCGGCAGUCUCACGGCUUCCGAGGGCUCUAUCGCGGCGCAGGAGCGGCCAUUUCAGGCACUGUGUUAAGUGAGCUUGUGUACUACUUCCUCGUCGAGUACUGGAAGGAGAAGCUGCCGUUGCAGGAGCGGGAGUGGCGCAGCUUCGGCGCAGGCCUACUGGCCGAUCUGGGAUCGACUCCCGUCUUUAACCCCUUCGCGGUGGUCUCGCAGGUGCAGAUGGUGGCUGGCAGCUCCUACUCUAGUGAACACAACUACAUGUCCGCUACUCGCACCACCGUGACGCUGGUGCGCGAGCAAGGGAUCAGCUGCCUGUUUCGCGGGACGCUGCUGACGUUGGUGGUGGCCCCUCUCACUGGGGCGUGGUGGUUUGUGUACGAGUCCUUUAAGCGCCUCGUCUACGGCGCAGCCCCGGCGAUUGGCGCGCGGCUUUCUGGCGUGUUGCCCCAGUCUGUACAGCUCUGUUUGCCGCUCUGCUGCACCUCUGCGACUGACAACGUACUCGUGAACGCUGGAGUCGGCGCGGCGGCGAGUAUGGUCAUUGGCAUUAUCAUGAAUCCCUUCUACGUGCUGCGGUUGCGGUUGCAGGUGGGUAAGCGCAUCGAAGGGGUGCGCUUCCCGCUGCUGCACAUCGUAAGGGAUGUGCUCAAGAACGAGGGAGUCCGUGCUCUGUGGAAGGGGUUGGGCGGAAAUCUUCUGGUUGGCGUCGUCGGCGGAUGCUCAUUUGGCUUUACUUACGAAGGCGCAAAGCAGUUCUCCGACAUCACACAGGGAGCCGGCAGUGAGGCCGCCGCUGCUGUCCAGGGGCGAAUCCCGUGA